GGUUGCCCCAGUCGCGACUCGGUCCGCGUCCCCAGCCCUAAUCUCCUGGGGGAAGAGACAGGGACCCUGUUCGCACUUUUUUGUACCCGGAGGUUCUAAACUCUAGAACUCCGGGGUUGGAGGAGUGGCAGGCUGGGGCUUAGGAGGCGCCUGGACUCCUUGGUCCGAAGGAGGCAGCUGGGGACCAGGACGCUUAGUCUGAGGGUGGAGACAGCUGGGGACACACUCCCGGUCCUGGUUGGAUCAACCUGCGCUCUUUUUCACACCCCAACCUUCCCAUCUCCCCGUCUCCCAGCCAGGGCAGGCAGCCACUCCAGGUGGUUGCCCCCUCCCUCUCCUGAGAUGUCAGGAAGGAGGGGGCCACCUGUGUCCUCCACAGGGUCCCCCAGCCCCGGAGCCUCAAGGUGGAGGAGGUGUUGACAGGUCUGGCAAACACCUGCUGCUUCCCAGAUUUCUCCAGGCUUCCAGAAUGUUGUAGACAAACAGCUAUAACCACACCCCACCAGCCUCUCCCAGCCCAAGGUGCCCGAGAGAUGCUCCCCCACCCCUCCUACUCCCUCCCCAUCCUCCUGCUCUUCUUCCUCCCCAGUGUCCCAGCGGAGCUCCAUCCUCCACCCUCAACACUGCCCCCAUUUCUGGCCCCUGAGUGGGACCUUCUGUCUCCCCGAGUAGCCCUGUCCAGGGUUGCCCCUGCUGGACCCCCUCUGCUCUUCCUACUGGAGGCUGGGGCCUUUGGGGAGCCAGCGGGUGCCCCAGCCAACCGCAGUCGGCGUGGGGUGAGCGAGAAGGCACCAGCAAGUCGACGGGGUGAGCUGGCUGUUUGUGACGCAGUGAGCGGCUGGGUGACAGACCGUCGGACAGCUGUGGACUUACGUGGGCGAGAGGUGGAGGUGCUAGGUGAGGUGCCUGCAGCUGGUGGCAGCCCCCUCCGGCAGUACUUCUUCGAGACACGUUGCAAGACUGAUGGUGCUGGGGAAGAUGGUCCUGGUGCAGGUGGAGGAAGCUGCCGGGGCGUGGACCGGAAGCACUGGGUGUCCGAGUGCAAGGCCAAGCAGUCUUAUGUGCGGGCAUUGACUUCUGAUGCCCAGGGCCGUGUGGGCUGGCGAUGGAUACGAAUUGACACUGCCUGCGUCUGCACACUACUCAGCCGGAAUGGCCGGGCAUAAGGCCCAUGCCCAGAAACUGAUCAGGCAAAGAAGAGAUCUGGAUGCUCAGGGACUUCAAGGAUGGCCUGGCUGCUCUAAGGGCCUCAGUUUGGGAACUUAAGUGAUCACAAAAUCAAAGCUCUCUAAUUUUAAGAUCUCAGUCCAUGCAGGAUGUACAACUAAAGCAAAUGGGGUUUCAAAGAAUAAAUAGGACUUCUCCUGAAGGAGCUUGAAAGGUAAUCAUGGAAAUAACAAUAAUAGCCAAUA